GCUCAUUCGGUUUUUUGCAGAUUCAGGAUGUCGUGUCGAACGAUCGCAAAACGGUUUUUUUGUUCUUUUCCAACUCGAUUUUUGACAUCGUGUGAUUUAACUAACUAACUAACGUUAGUUGGAGGUUCCAACGGGUGAAGCAACGGCGCUGACUGCGGAUUUUCAUGCCAUGACCACUGGGGCGGAAACCAUUAUAAUGUUGCCAUGGACACCAAACUAAUCCAUCUCAUUUUAGCUUUUGAGAAGGACUCUAACAUCGAAAUCUCAGAAGGACACGUCUAAGAUGGACAACUGUAGAACCGUCAACUUACCCCAUACUUUAACCUGAAUGAAGGGAUCAACACUUUAUCUUAUACCUUAAUUGUUAGAUGGGUGUUCACAAAAAAAAAAUUCUCGUCUACCCAGGAAAAAGUCACUGCUUGGGUUCUGCUGUCAUAAAGCAUGCUUUUUUACAUUUGUUGCAUUUGGCAAUAUCGUCAAAAGAUUCUGAAAGAAAUAAGUUUCCUAAAUUUUAAAGUAUUAAACUUUUAUUAUUGUUUAUUUAAAGUGUCUUUUAUUCUGCUUACCUAACUCAUGCAGAAAUCUGGCUUGAUGUUUGAUCCACCUGUUAGCUGGCUCUGAUGCUUGAUAGUCUUCUUCAUCCUCUGAAUCAAGGCCAGCAUGAGUGGUCUUCUGAAGACCAUCAUUAUGCUACAGUUGUCUCUACUAUGAGACAGAACUGAACUGGAGUCUGUGAACUAAUGCUGUGUUUGAAACAACUUAGAUGUUGGAUUUUAUCAACCUCAAACCCGAAAGAACGGCAAACAAAGUUGGGUAUCCGACCUCUCAACUUGGGACAGAUCGAUCAACACCGACCUCAGCAAGAUGUGUCAUUUGAUGUCGCAGACAAGCAUUUAGGAUGAACCACUCUGAUCUGCUAAGAUGCACAGAUUCAACUCUGACCCAGCAUCAUCCCCACAUCUCAUCUGCCAUCAGUUUCAUGUAAUGUCUGUCAAUUGCAUUUCUAUAACAACUUAAUUUAAACUUUAAUUGAGACGUUUAUUGUGUAAAACAGGGCUUUUCAUUCCACAACCUAUUAGACAAGUGUAAUCUAGCCUAGACCCACUACAUUUUUUUUUAAAUAGGUGUAAAACACAUUUGUUCUCUUUCAGUCAUUUUAUUUUCUAUUUCAUAAUGUAAAAUACAUACAAGUUUAUUUGCAAUACCAAAAUAUUUUGAUAUAUUCUAUCAAAACCAUUGUCACUUUUCAGGCAUCCCUCCUCCUCCCCAUCUCCUCAUUCACUGCUCUCUUACUUCUACUGUGCAGUUCUUUUGUAGGGGGGUUGAAACAGUAAAUUGUAAAUUAAAGUUGCAUUUAAGUCUUGUGUAACAGUCUCCCUUAUUUGUGACUAUAUUCACGAUGUAAAAUGAUACUUUCAGCACUUACUACAUUACAGUGUUUUAAUGCUUUUUAGUUUUAGUUUAUAUAAUUCAUUCGCUUUGAAUGAAUUCCCUCUUGAUCUAGAACUUUUAGUGUCUAAAAUGUAAAGUGUCAUGAUCAGCUCUGGGUCUUGUGCAGUGAUAUAAUGAACAGAUGGUAAAUGUCAUGGUUUUGCAGUAUAUUGGGCUCUGGAUGUAAUGAACAUAGGUUUCAUAAAUUUAAUUGGGUAAACAAACUUGUCAGAAAAAUGCAUGGUGUGAUGCUGGACAAUACCUGGUCAAAUGAAUACAUGUAUAAUGUGUUUCCACAUUUGUAUAAGGUUUCUUCAUCUAUUAGAAAACAGCGCAGAGACUGCGGUGAAUUAUUGGUUACAGUGUAUUUGUUAAAAUGUUACCAGUAAGAUUAUCUAGACCCCUUUCCGUGUACAAUGUAGUUUCUUUGAGUACCUUUACGUGUUUUAUUACUCUGAACUUAAAGCAAAACGCAAUUUAAAUGCAGGUGCCCCCUCUUACAUAUUACUACAAAAUAUGCAAGUGGAACUGGACUAAAUGCAUCUACAUAAGGGCCUGAUUCCAUGUUUCUGCAUUACACGUGAUAUGAUAUAUAGUGUGUAUAAUAAUAAUAUUUUGUGCAUGCAAAUAAAAGUCAAACUCUUUAAAACUGUGGCAAAUUAUAUGCAUUAGAUAUAUUUUUUAAAUCUUUUUGUUUGUGGUCAAUACAAUAAACAAGAAAAUGUAUUUUAUUGGGGUAAAUAGUUUGUCACACUCUGCACAGCGUUAUUAGCGUCCACAUUGUGAUGUCACUCACGGUAACCGUGACAGAGCGCUUGGGUGAUUAUUUCGUCACUUGAGGUCCCUAUAUAAGCCCGCGUGAGUUACCAUAGUUUCGUGGGUUUGUUGUUAGGCGAGUGCUGUUGAUUUUGAUAGCGACUUUUUGUUAGCGAUUUUUCUUUUACUAUGAAGAGUUAUCGAGGACCAAAUAGGCCCGCUGCGGUCAGUCCGCCAUUCUUUGGCGGGCUGAUCGCGCGGGUCUUAUUUGGUCUCUUUAAUUGGUUUGGGAGCGUCUUGCGCUUUUUUGGGUUCGCGCGGCCCGAGACAAGCGACAACGGGGAGGAACUCGGUGAACCGGAGGGAGCUUUCGGACCUUGUAGCGAGCGUCCACCGAUGCUCGCUGUGGGGUCCGAGGUGAACCCGGUUCAUCGUGUUGACUGCCCCGUUUCGACACCUGACACCGCGCUGGAGACCUGUCCAGAUGCCCAACCCCAAAGACCUCUCAUGAGGUUUUCGGAGCGGAUGUCUGGGACAGUAAACGGCUGUCGCACUAAAAGACCUUCAUUUCGGAGUACUGCACGAUCUCUGAGAGUGACUCCUCAAAUGCGUCCCACUUGUGGUUCACAGCCCAGUCGGACACAUUUUGGGGAGUUCACACCAAGGCCGUUGCAUGCUCGAAGUGAUUGUUCUUUAGUUGAGUCCCGUAAUGUCUCCACAAAUUGUCAAGCUAGGGGAAUGCGUUUUGUAUACCCUAAGCUUGUCCUCCGUCGUCUGGACCCUGGCAGGAUUCGCUCUGCUGACAUCGCGCAGCGGCCUGUCAGAGAGAGGUAUGAGGAGGUGGGAGUGACCGUUAGACGUGUAACACCCAGAUCUAACGCUUCACCUGUACGUCCUCUCAUACACCCGGGACCUGUCUGGGUUACACAGCGACGUCGAGGUUAUCAUGUGGCUCCUACUGUACAGGCACGUAUACCACCGAGAGUGCCUGUACGUAGUAGAGCCGCCUUAAUGGAGGACACAUCUAGCGAUGGGUCCUCCAGACCACUUCUGGCAGAGGAAAUCUCUUCUGCACAGCCUGAGCAUCCUCAGGCCCUGGAACCUGGCAGGAGUCUGUCUGUGGUUGUGUCACAGCAGAAACCUGUCAUGGUUGUGCGUCCUCUGGGCCGGCGUACACGUUGGGGUCGUGUCGCACCGGCUCAGCAGGUCCAGCCUUCGCCCGCUUGGCAGUUCCGGGCUUUACCUUAUGCUGCUGUAUCACUGCCGAGUUUUACAAGCAGCGGACAGGAGAAACCUGUCCAGGUGGUGCGUCCUCUGGGCUGGCCUACACGCGAGGGUCAUGUCGCACCAGCUCGGCAGGACCGGAGCCCACCAGCUCGGCAGGACCGGAGCCCGCCCGCUCGGCAGGACCGGAGCCCGCCCGCUCGGCAGGACCGGAGCCCGCCCGCUCGGCAGGACCGGAGCCCGCCCGCUCGGCAGGACCGGAGCCCGCCCGCUCGGCAGGACCGGAGCCCGCCCGCUCGGCAGGACCGGAGCCCGCCCGCUCGGCAGGACCGGACCCCGCCAGCUCUGCAGGACCGGACCCCGCCAGCUCUGCAGGACCAGACCCCGCCAGCUGCUGUCUCACAGCAGAAACCUGUCAUGGUUGUGCGUCCUCUGGGCCGGUCCACACUUGAGGGUUGUGUCGCACCGGCUCAGCAGGUCCAGACCCUGCACCCUCAGCGGUUCCUGCCUCCACGUAGCGCUGUUGUCUCACUGCCGAGUUUUACAAGCAGAGGUAAGGACAAACCAGUCCAGGUUGUGCGUCCUCUGGGCUGGCCUACACGUGAGGAGCGUGUUGUGCCCACUCGGCAGGACCGGACCCCGCACACUGCUGUCUCACAGCUAGUCCAAAUCCCGCCCGCCCGGCAGGACCGGACCCCGCCCGCCCGGCAGGACCGGACCCGGACCCCGCCUGCUCGGCAGGACCGGACCCCGCACGCUGCUGUCUCACAGCUAGUCCAGAUCCCGCCUCCUCGGCAGGACCAGAUCCCGCCCCCUCGGCAGGACCAGAUUCCGCCCCCUCGGCAGGACCAGGCCCCGCCCGCUCGGCAGGACCAGAUCCCGCCCCCUCAGCAGGACCAGAUCCCGCCCCCUCGGCAGGACCAGGGCCCGCCCGCUCGGCAGGUCCAGGCCCGACCGCUCAGCAGGACCAGACCACUACCGUACGGCAGGUCCAGACCCCGGCCGCCCGGCAGGUCUAGCCCUUUCCCGCUGGUCUCACAGCUAGUCCAGAUCCCACCCCCUCGGCAGGACCAGGCCCCGCCCGCUCGGCAAGACCAGGCCCCGCCCACUCGGCAGGUCCAGAUCCCGCCCCCUCAGCAGGACCAGAUCCCGCCGCCUCGGCAGGUCCAGGCACCGCCCCCUCGGCAGGUCCAGGCACCGCCCCCUCGGCAGGUCCAGUCCCGACCACUCGGCAGGACCAGACCACUACCGUACGGCAGGUCCAGACCCCGGCCGCCCGGCAGGUCUAGCCCUUUCCCGCUGGUCUCACAGGUAGAAAUUUACCAUCGCUCUGAUCAUAACUAG